GCGACACGUCCAGGGACGGCCGUUCGCACCCGCGCCUUUCGUUUCCGACGCGCACACCCGGUCCCACGACGCAGCGAGCGCGAUGGGCUACGCGGGCUACGCUCCCGGCCACCAGGUCCAGAUUGCGACUCCGCUGCAGCAGCUCUUGAAGCUCAUCAAGAACGACGCCACGCUCGCAACCAUAGAGAAGCUCACGCGGAAUACCGCGCAGGCUCCCGCGGAGGAGAAGUUUCGGAAGAUCCGACUGACGAACGCGAAGAUCGCCGAGGUCAUCACCAACGUGACGGGCGCCGUGGAGGCCAUGGUCGAGAUGGGCUGGGUCAAGGAGGACGACGGGGAGUUCCUCGUCCUUCCCGCUGGCACGUCCGUGAGCAUGAGGGAGGUUCGGGAGAUUGACGACGCGAGGAGGGCGCUCAAGAAGUGGGAGGAGGAAGAGCUCAAGCGUCGCAUCGCGGCCAGGAACAAGGCCAACGCGUGCCCGGAGAAGGCCCGCCUCCUCGCGGAGAUGGCCGCCGACCGCGCCGAGCAAAAGGCGCGCGGACCCGUCACCCAAGGGUCAGUCGCCGUGGAGAGGAGCGACAAAGCUCUCGCCGAGCGCAUGCAAACCGCCGCGGGCGCCGGAUGCUGCGGCAGCUCCGGCGGUGGCUGAGCCUAAACGGCUCGGACGACGCCACGGCGUCUUCCGAGCGGUAGCUCACGAGUAGCGCGAGAGAUCGUCGACGGCUGCCGCGAUCGCGUCCGCCCAUCGUCGCGACACAGCUGUGUCGAAACAAAAACACAGCUGUGUCGAAACGGUGGCCGGGGCGAUCGCGGCGGCGACGUGACGCGACGCGCGGGUAAAAUUCGCCUUUUCGGCAACCCGCCGCCGCCGAGUAACGCCGACGACCUCCGCGAAGGUUCUUUCCCGGAACCGACGAACAAACGAUUCUUUGGGGCGACUUCCCCCUCUGCCGAGGAGUUUGAGGAGUUUGAGGAGUUUGCCCUCGCCCUGUACCGACUACGCCCAGCUGGCGAUGUAACGAUGGAUCAACGCGAUUUA